UGCAGACUGAAGAGGGGCACCUGGCUUAUCAGCGAUCUACGAGGGGUUGACCCCACCCAUCUCCAAUUCUCCAACGGCCGUUGAUCUACAUCAUACCUCUUAUCAUCGAACCCCGAGCUGCUCAUCGUAACAGUCAACGAGUAGGCGUGCAGAGUUGACGACAGGAGCUGCUCUUUAAUAUAACCAGAGGGACCCGACCCGCCAACACCCUUCACCCUUCAACAGCCAUCUGCAAUGGAAUCACUGAAGACACUGUUAGUCGCCAACCGUGGCGAGAUUGCUGUUAGAAUCUUGAAGACAGCUAGGAAGCUGAAUCUUCGAACAGUAGUGGUUUACACUGAACCGGAUGCUGCUUCCACCCAUGUUCACCUGGCAGACGAAGCCGUCCUCCUGACUGGCACACCAUCCAAGGCGUACAUCGAUGGAGAGCAGAUCAUCCAAAUCGCGAAGCAAUACAAUGCAGACGCAAUUAUACCGGGAUAUGGGUUUCUGUCUGAAAAUGCGGACUUUGCAAGAGCUGUUGCUAGCUCUGGGAUAGCUUUUGUCGGUCCUUCGCCGGAGAGCAUCGAGGCUUUUGGGCUUAAGCAUACUGCACGAGAUCUUGCGACACAAGCUGGUGUUCCCAUCGUGCCUGGCUCACAGGGACUGGUGAAAGGCGAGGACGAAGCUGUUCAAAUUGCAAAGGAACUAGGAUUUCCGGUCAUGCUGAAAGCUACAGCUGGUGGCGGUGGAAUGGGUCUACUAACCUGCAAUACAGAGAAAGAAGUUAGAGAUUCUUUUCUCACAGUCAAGUCCAGAGGCGAGGCACUGUUCAAAAAUGCCGGAAUCUUUGUUGAACGCUAUUUUCCAUCGAGCCACCAUAUCGAGGUCCAGGUGUUUGGGAAUGGUGGCGGCAAAGCCAUAUACAUUGGUGAACGUGAAUGUUCCAUACAGCGGAGACACCAGAAAGUUAUAGAAGAGUGUCCAAGCCCGUUUGUUACCACAAAUCCCGGCUUAAGAGAAAGGCUGGGUGAUGCUGCUGUCCGUCUCGCGGAGUCGAUAGAUUAUGGAUCCGCUGGAACAAUCGAGUAUCUUGUGGAUGACGAGACCGGUGCAUUUUUCUUCCUUGAGAUGAAUACGCGCCUACAAGUUGAGCAUGGAAUAACAGAGCUAUGCUAUGGAAUUGAUCUGGUGGAACUGAUGUUGAAACAAGCAGACGCCCAGCUUUCAGGAAAGAAAGGUAUCAACGCGGCGUAUCUCGCUAACCUCCCAGUCCACUCACCGUCUGGUUUCGCCAUUGAAGCAAGAGUUUAUGCCGAAAACCCGGCCAAGGACUUUGCGCCUUGUCCGGGGACACUUCAGACUGUCGAGUGGAAAGAAUUGCAAGGGUCUAGAAUCGAUACAUGGGUUUAUAGAGGUGUCAAAGUGUCGGCGAAUUACGACCCACUGCUUGCAAAAGUCAUGUAUCACUCGUCAAGUAGAGAGCAAACAAUUGAGGGAAUGAGAACUAUAUUGACAGAGUCACGAAUCUGUGGCCCUCCAACAAACCUGGAGUUCUUGGCUGAAGUCCUGGCGGAUGACAAAUUCGUUGCCGGGAAAACCCUGACGAGGUUCUUGAAUGAUUUCAAGUACCAGCUGUCUGCCAUUGAUGUUGUCUCUGGCGGUGCCUAUACGCUUAUCGAAGAUUGGCCCGGCCGCCCAACUUUGGGGAGGGGAUUUUGUCAUUCUGGCCCUAUGGAUCCAACGGCGUUUCGCAUUGCAAAUGCACUUGUUGGUAACCCUAUAGGGAUGGAGGCACUAGAGAUUACAUUGAGCGGACCAGAAUUGGGAUUCUUAGGACCAGCCCUCAUCUCACUAUGUGGUGCUCCUAUUGAAGCCAAACUAGACGAUACACCCCUACCGAUGUGGUCGAGGGUAAAGGUCUCGGCCGGUCAGCGUUUGAAGAUUGGAAAAACCACCGGGAACGGGUGUAGAGCUUACCUGGGUGUCUUUGGAGGCUUCUUGAAUGUCGCAGAGUGGUUUGGAUCCAAGUCCACCACUCCAGGGGUUGGGGUAGGAGGCUAUCAAGGCAGACAGCUUGCUUCUGGUGACCUCCUUUCAAUAACUUCACAGGUGCCAGAUAUCAGCGGUGACCUCCGUUUACCGCAGCACCUCAUACCUCAAUAUCCAGAUCACUGGGAGAUCAUGGCUAUGCCAGGGCCGUAUGACGAAGGAUACCUUGUCCCGGAAAGCAUCAAUAUGCUUUAUAGUACGGACUGGAAGGUGUCCCACAACGCUGCCCGAGGAGGCAUCCGUCUUUUAGGCCCAAAGCCUACCUGGGCGCGCGCAGACGGUGGGGAAGGUGGCGCGCACCCUUCUAAUCUGAUCGAGUAUGGAUAUGCGAUAGGUUCUCUCAACUGGACUGGUGAUGACCCGGUGAUAUUUCCUGUGGAUGCACCGGAUCUGGGAGGGUUCGUUAGUAGCCAUACGAUUUGCAAAGCUGAUCUCUGGAAGCUGGGACAGGUGAAAGCGGGAGAUACUUUGAGAUACCGGGCUACUUCUUUGGAAGAUGCACUGUCUUCUCGCUUGGAAGUAGAGCGUUUUAUCGCCGAAGUGGGCCAGGGUUGCCACAAGAGCGAUUUCAGUGGCAUAUCCCCUGUUAGUGACAAAUUGGCUCCUGAGUUAACGGCAGCGAAUCGCGGGAGUGGUGUCAUCCACCAGAUCCAGGCGAGUGAGAGCCAGCCUCUGGUUUCAUAUCGCCAGGCCGCUGAUGACUAUAUCCUCAUUGACUACGGCACUGGAUCUUUUGAUCUGAAUCACCGUUGCAGAGUGACUGCUCUUAAGAAAGCCCUGAGCGAAGGCACCGGUAGCAUCACCUUUUCCACUGGGCUGAUAUCAAUGCUGGGAUGUGGGAAUUCUUUGAUGCUCUACUAUGACGGAACAAAGAUCCCACAGAGGAAACUCUUAGCGUACCUCUGUGAUAUCGAGACAAAGCUUGGUGACCUCAGUCAAGCGAAAUUCCCCAGCCGGCUGUUCAAACUCCCGCUUUCGUUCGAGAGCCAGAGACAGAAAGAUGCACUUACGCGAUACAUGGAGACGCAGCGCCCCUAUGCCUCCUAUCUGCCCGACAACAUAGACUUUGUGGCCAAAAACAAUGCCUUUAGCAGACGAGAGCUUGAAAGAAUCUACUUGACUGCCAAUUUAAUGGUCGUUGCAGUUGGAUUCUUCACUGCUCUGCCACUCUCACUUCCUGUCGACCCGCGCCAUCGGAUGAAUUGCCCAAAAAUGAACCCCAGCAGAGUCUACACUCCUGCCGGCUCCGUGUCCUGGGGCGGUAGCUGCAUGGCACUAUACAACGUGGACUCCCCAGGCGGAUACCAAAUGACAGGCAUGACGAUUCCCGGCGUUGAUAUUCUCGGCUCCAAGAAAGGCUACGAAGCCAACCGCCCCUGGCUUUUCGAGGAUUUUGAUCAGAUCACCUUUUACCGCGUGUCAGACGAAGAGUACGAAAAGCAGCUCGCCCUGUUCAACAGUGGACGAUACGAAUACCAAUGGGAAGAAACCGUCUUCGACAUGGCCGAACACAACAGACUCCUCCGCGAUACCAAAGAAGAAGUCGCAGCCAUCCGAAGCAAGCAGCGACAGGCACAAGCGGAGAUGGACAAGCUUGAGGCCGAGCUUCUUGAACUGUGGGCCAAAGAGAAAGCAGAAAGAGGUAUCCCGAUGGACACAAUCGAGAACCUACUAAAAGACCCUGAUAUCACCCCCAUCGAAGCCCCCCUAAACGCCAACAUCUGGAAAGUGGAAGUCAAAGAAGGCGAUAAGCUAGGCCCCGACCAGCUAGUGGUUAUACUGGAAGCCAUGAAACUAGAAAUUGCCGUCCGCACCGAGUCCCUCGCUGCUGGUUCGACGGUGGAGAAAAUCCUAGCCCAACCGGGGGAUUCAAUCGAGGCAGGCAAGCCUCUAGUUCUGGUGAGGACGCAGAAGUGAUGCCAUGCCCCCUGCGCUCUUUGCGUCAGUUCCCCACGCAGAUAUAGUAUGGCUGCAAGAACAGGGGUUAAGCAUAGCUAGUUUAGAUGUCUUUCAUACAAACCGUAUCCAAGUAUGCAAUUCACU